UACACUUACCUCCAUAAAUUCUACAUGUCAAGGAGUUCUUUUCGUCUCUUUAGCACACCUCUCUAAAACUACUUACAUGACAUCUGCUUCAUCGUAUUCAAACACCAACAUAUACUUACCUCCUUUAACCCUACCUUAAUCCUAUCUUUUCAGGAGUUUUUCCUUAUCUUUAUCACACCUCUCUAGAACUACUUAAGCUACUUAGCUAUGAAAAUUUUGUGUGCGGUAUGUGAAACAGGGGAGGCAACUGUUUGGUGUUGUGGAGAUGAAGCACCACUUUGUUAUGCUUGUGACAAGAAUGUUCACACAGCUAACAAGUUGGCUUCCAGGCAUCACAGAGUUGCUCUUGUGGAAACUGCAUCAUUGCCAAAGUGUGAUAUUUGUCAGGAGGCAGUGGCUUUCUUCUUUUGCCGAGAAGAUCGAGCUCUGCUCUGUUCACACUGUGAUCUCGCCGUCCACUCCUUGAACAUCCAUGUCUCAGCUCACCAGCGCUUUCUAGUUCCUGGAGUAAAAGCCGAGAUCGAGCCAAUCAAACAGAGUCCAGUCACAUCCUCAUCAGUGAAAAAAUGUGCUGAAAAACAAACGUCUGGUAAAAUGGUGCAAAAGGCGUGUCCUGUUGAACAUGUCCAGCCGGUUAGAAAUAUCGCGACUAACGGGCUGGCUUCUGCUGAAGCCUGUGCAUCAGAAGGUAUCAACGAGCGGGAACUCACUGAUGUCUUCGGAAACACAGGCUUCAGUAAAAGUAAUGUCAAUGACAAGCCCGGGGAUUGUUGCACACCAAUAUUCAGCAUACAUGACAUUGAUGUGGAUCCUGAUGAGGACUUAGUUCCAUCCUGGAGAGUUGAUGCUAAUCUGGAUGCUGACGAUAACAUAGUUGAGGCCUGGAUAGCUGAUCAGACUCAUCACCCUGGUAACGAGAUUUUAAGUCAGGGUACUAUAGAUAGCUCAUCAGCAGUAGAUGAAAACGAUAGCUUGAUUAGGGCCUGGACAGAGGAACUAAGCCAAGCCUGGGAGGUUCCAGAGCUCAGAUCUCAACUGUUGGACUCAGAAUUCGAUUUAGUGUGUGUUCCUGAUGUGUCCUACUCCCUUGUGAAGGAUAAUUACUAUCCAUUCCAGGAAAAUGGAUCCGGUCUCAAUCGAAAGCGGAAACUUUAGAAACAUUGAGACCAGUUCACAAGGGAAAUUAAGG